UUCCACGAAGGCAAGCUGCUCCACACCACCACACAAGGAGAGACCGACCACCGCCUCCCUCCGACUCUAUGAUUGCUUCCUCCCAGUUAGUCUCUGCCUCCACGGAGAUGUCGGCGGCGGCGGAGGUGACGCAGGUGCAGGUGCAGCAGCGGGGGCAGGCCGCAUGGCGGGUGGCGGCGGGGUGGCUGGGCUGCCUCUUCCAGAUCCUGCUCCAGAUCAUGCGCGGCAGGCCCUCUUCCUGGGCGCAGUCGCUCUCCUUCCUCGGCCUCAGCCACCCGCUCCUCGCCGCCGCCGCCCAGCCGCAGCCGUCGCCGGAGGUGGCCUUCGUGCAGGUCCCCUCCGAGGCCCCCGCCGACGCGUCGCCUCCGCCACUCCGGCGGCUCACGGUGGUGCUCGACUUGGAUGAGACUUUAGUUUGCGCUUACGACUCGUCGGGCCUUCCUGCUUCUCUGCGCACGCAGGCUGUUGAAGCAGGAUUGCAUUGCUUUGACAUGGAGUGCAUAUCGUCUGAUAAGGCAAGUAAGCAGCAACCUUGUGCCAGUUGCUUAUCAAUUGCUGUUUGCACUUUAGAAAGGUAUUUACGGGAAGUUAUGCUUGGUGGUGUAAAGGAUGCUGAAGGAAGGCAGAGGGUAAAUCGUGUAACUGUCUUUGAGCGUCCGGGCUUGCAUGAGUUUUUGCAGCGAACUAGUGAAUUUGCUGAUCUUGUUCUCUUUACAGCUGGUUUGGAAGGUUAUGCAAAGCCUCUAGUUGACAGGAUAGAUGCUUUCAAUAGAUUCAGUCACCGCCUCUAUCGGCCAUCAACUGUUACUACGGAAUACAGAGAGCAUGUAAAAGAUCUCUCUUGUUUGUCCAAAGAUUUCUGCAGAAUCGUCCUUGUUGAUAACAACCCAUACAGUUUCUUACUGCAGCCAUUGAAUGGAAUACCCUGUAUUACAUUUUCAGCUGGACAACCUGUUGAUGAUCAGCUCAUGGGAGUGAUAUUUCCACUUCUCAAGCACCUUUCUCUGCAAAAGGAUGUUAGGCCUGCAUUGUAUGAAACGUUUCACAUGCCAGAGUGGUUCCAAAGACAAGGAAUCCCACAAAUUGAUCAGGCAGUUUAGGUAUUGCCACAAACAUAUUGGAUUAUUGGGUGAAGGCUCAAAGCCAGCUACGCAACUUGGGAGAACACUUGUACAGUCUGUACUCAGUAACUACCCUUUGCUUUGAUACAUGAAGACCUUGUUCAGCACGGAAUAACAAUGUUUGGAGGGAGCGAAAGAGAGAAAAUGAAUUGUAAUUUAGCACACUGAUAGAUCUUUAUUUGGGAUGUGAAUCUUAAUUUAUCAUUGUAUAGCACCUUUUUUUUUUGUCAGUCACAGUUCAUAUAAUGUCACAAAUACUUUUACGGGUU